UCUCAGCUCGCUGCAAAUCUUCGACGCUGAGCGGUGCCUCCGUCUAUUGUCCUCUUAUAUAGCCCAUAAACUAAAUUCAGUAACUUCAUCUGGCUUUACAUGCUCAUAACGUUUAAAUAUUUUGUUCAUUUUCUUAUAGAUAGAUAAAAACCUUACUCGUUGCUGCUGAGAUGUUGGGUCUUUUGUUCUUCGUGCUGAUGGCGCACACCGCUUAUGGAGACGUGAGCUAUUCUUUUCCGGAGGAGAUGAAACGAGGAUCUGUGAUUGGAAAUAUAGCUAAGGAUCUCGGGCUCGAUUUAAAGAGCCUCUCAAGUCGUGAUGCACGGAUUGUCAAUGAAGGUAACGGAAAACGGUACUGUGACAUUAAUAUGAAUACCGGAGAACUGAUUGUGGAGGAUAAAAUUGACAGAGAGGAGAUUUGUGGAAAGAAAGCGUCAUGCGUUAUUAAACAGGAGCUCGUGCUGGAAAAUCCAUUGGAGCUUCAUCGAUUUAUUCUUAAUAUUCAGGACAUCAAUGAUAAUUUACCACAGUUCAAGCAAAAUAUAAUCAAAUUCGAAAUAAGGGAAUCAGCAGACAAAGGAUCCCGUUAUUUAUUAGAUGAGGCUCACGACGCGGAUAUUGGUGUGAAUUCAGUGCAAUCAUAUACAUUAGAAAACAACGAACAUUUUAUUCUUAAUAUUCUUACGGGGUUAAAUGGAGGAAAAUACGGAGAAAUGGUUAUUAAUAAGGAGUUGGAUCGUGAACAACAGAAAGAGAUCUCAUUAAUAGUGACCGCGGUAGACGGCGGGACUCCACCGAGAUCAGGUACUGUAGUCAUACACGUCACUGUGCUGGAUGCUAAUGAUAAUGCUCCAGUCUUUAGUCAGGACGUCUAUAAAGUCAGUCUGCCUGAAAAUUCUCCUCUAGAUACUGUAGUGGUGACAGUGAGCGCUACUGAUGCUGACGAGGGACAAAACGGAGAAGUCACCUAUGAGUUUGGACAUCUAUCGGAAAGUCUUUUGGAAAUAUUUGAUCUCGAUGUAGUGUCUGGUGAAAUUAAACUAACAGGUUUCGUAGAUUAUGAGAAAGAAGGAAUAAUUGAACUGCCGAUUCAGGCUAAAGAUAGUCAAGGUCUAGCAGGUCGAUGUACUGUGUUAAUAAAUGUUAUUGAUGUCAAUGAUAACGCCCCUACCAUAAUGACUAAAUCUGUUAAAAUUUCUAUUCCCGAGAACGCGUUCCCCGGUACAGAGGUCGGCAUCAUUAAUGUUCAGGACAGAGACUCG